CGAUUUUCCGAUUACCGGUUUGUUACGCAAGCAACAGGUGCAGUGUUUUUCUAAUUGGAUUCUUGCUAUUUCCGAGCGUGUUUGCUUUUGUAGUCAAUAAACCUAAUAAAAUUCCAAGAUGUCCGCACGACUGCUGCAGUUCACACGCCGAUUGAGCGCCCAGCAGCGCAAUUACAGCUCGAAAAUUGCCGAAGUUGUUGUGGUUUCGGCUGCCCGCACUCCAAUUGGCAGCUUCCAGAGCCAGUUGGCCCCACUGACGGCCACCCAAUUGGGAGCCCGGGCCAUCGAGGCGGCCAUCGAAAAGGCGGGAAUUGCAAAGUCCGAUGUCCAGGAGGUGAUCAUGGGCAAUGUGGUUUCAGCGGGCUUGGGACAAGCGCCCGCCAGGCAAGCUGCCAUUUUCGCAGGACUCCCGACAAACGUUUGCUGCACCACGGUGAACAAGGUUUGCUCCUCGGGCAUGAAAUCCGUGAUGCUGGGAGCCCAAUCCCUGAUGCUGGGCUUCGCCGAUGUGGUCGUUGCCGGCGGCAUGGAGUCUAUGUCGAAUGUGCCCUACUAUCUCAAGCGAGGCGCCACUCCCUAUGGCGGCGUGAAUCUCACGGAUGGCAUUGUUUUCGACGGACUCUGGGAUGUCUACAACAAGUUUCACAUGGGCAACUGUGCCGAGAACACGGCCAAGAAGCUGGAGAUCACGCGUCAGCAGCAGGACGAGUUUGCCAUCAACUCGUACAAGAGGUCCGCGGCAGCGUGGGCCAACAAGGUCUUCCAGGAUGAGAUUGCCCCGGUGAAGAUCCAGCUGAAGAGGAAGCCGGAGGUCGUCAUUUCCGAGGAUGAGGAGUACAAGCGGGUGAACUUCGACAAGUUCGGACAGCUGGCCACAGUGUUCCAGCGUGAAAACGGCACCGUGACCGCCGGAAAUGCCUCCACUUUAAACGACGGCGGUGCCGCUGUGGUUUUGAUGACCGCCGAGGCUGCCCAGAAGGCUGGAGUUCAGCCACUGGCCCGGAUUGUGGCCUUCCAGGAUGCCGAGACCGAUCCCAUCGACUUUCCCAUUGCCCCGGCCUUGGCCAUUCCCAAGUUGCUGAAGCGAGCGGGCGUUCGCAAGGAGGAUGUGGCCAUGUGGGAGGUCAACGAAGCUUUCUCCCUGGUGGUGCUGGCCAAUAUCAAGAAGCUCGACGUGGAUCCGGCCAAGGUGAACGUUCACGGCGGCGCCGUGUCCAUUGGCCAUCCCAUCGGAAUGUCCGGAGCCCGUCUGGUGACCCAUCUCUCGCACAGCCUCAAGAAGGGAGAGCUCGGAUGCGCCUCCAUUUGCAACGGCGGCGGUGGUGCCUCCUCCAUUCUCAUCGAGAAGUUGUAAGGAGACCAACGGGCUUCCACCCUCAACCAGAAAUGCAUUUACUAUGACCCCAUGGUCGUAAUCGUGGAGAGAUUUGUUUUUUUUAAAUUGUUAAGUGUACUUGUGCCCAGUCGCAUUUACCGAAAUCUUGUGAUUUGCAUAAUAAAAUUAUGAAACAGUGAAUAAUUAAAUAUA